AUGCCCCCCUCAGCCGUCUUCUCUUACUGGCGUCGCGACCGACGCGCCUCUGCAGCCGUCGUGUCCACGACUGUGCCAGUGGUUCCUAAGGGAACCGCUGAAAAUCGAAUUAGUAUACCUCCUCAGUUACCUCAAAUACCAGAUACUCCUCUACUCACCACUACCUUCGACGGUGGUCUUCCACUCUCUUACGAUGUCCCCUCUGUCAGUGAAUCGCCGUUGUCGCCGUUGGAAGGCGACCUUACCUCUGCAGCAACCCUGUCAUCCUCGUAUAGCCUUGCUGUCCCACUCCCUUCAACCAAUAAAGAGAUUCGUCCGCAUUCGUGUCCUGAAGAAAGCUCUCCAGAUGUCAUCCUGCCAUCUCCGAUCACACCGCAACUUUCACCCUACGGUCUACGUCCAGAUCAUGGAGAUGUAGAACCAAAUCUGAAAGCAACUUCACCAUUCCGAAUGUCCUUCGGUAAAGGGCUACGAAAUCUACAGUCGAACUCGGCUGAUAACCAGAAGCAUUCGCCAACGCGGGGCCUAGAUACGAGUCAGUGCCGACUAAAAGCUUCGCUAGACGAGUCCCCGGUAGAGAAACAAUAUGUCCAACAGAAGGAGGCUACAGACCGGCGAUCUACAGAUCGCGAUAUUUCGGGGGAACACGUCCAUCACAAGUCGGGCAAAGCAAUGCUCCACCUAUUGAACCCGAUGUCCCUUCUUGCGCGAAGGCGAUCAUCGCAUGUAGGGAACUCCCGCGUCGACGAUGUGAAAAUGAACGCGAAAAACCUAGUUCCCGCCAUACCUGAUGACUACGAUCCCCGAAUCCGCGGGAAGAUCGUUCAUGACUUUUCGGCCCCUCGACCACGCAUUAGUGCUCAGGAUGCGUCACCGCAAUCCGUGCAAAGCCCUGCAGGGCGGUGGAAUGACAAGGCCAGACAUAAUGACUAUUCACCGGUGUUUAAAGAGCAUUUCGAAGACGAUCAAAAGGUGCUGCAAGUUGAGAAUAAGGGCUAUCUUCAAUCUUCGUUGUUGACCACUCCGGCUCAACCGGGCUAUGAACACUCCAUACCUAUUUUCGCCCGCAAUCUACCGUCAAGCUUGCCGGAGCAGCGUUCAGAUGUCAAUGACCCACCUAUACCAGCGGAACUCCCAGAAGAAAUUCCAAAGGAGCUUCCGGUAGACACUCCAGCAAAGGUCCCAGAAGACCCGGAAUGCACAGAACCGAGCCACCCCAUACAUAAAGAAGAGCAAGAUGACGAUGAUAUUCCUCGCAUACCCUAUAUACCCGCAGGCUUGCCAAAGCAUCUCAAGAGCAAUGCUUCAAGAUUCAGCUUCGACAUGGGUGGCGUGGAUGGGUCUAUUCAAGAAAAACUCCUGGAAGAGAAGCACAAGGCGAAAGAGGCAGCGCGCCGGAUCGAGGCCGGCUACUUUGAGAACUUUGAUGAUGAAUUUGACCAUGAUAUCAUGGACGAUAUGGAUGAUCUGGAAGAGAAGAUUCCAGGAGUGAAUGUUGAUGCGGACGAUGAUGAUGAUGACGAUGACGAUGACUUUUUAGCAUCUGACAGCAGCGAACUCAGGUCCUGGGCCUCGAGCUUACCGCCUGUAGUUGGGAACCUAGCCAUUCUAGCACCGCCUGAUAUUUCGAACAACGAUGAAAGCGAAGUCCCAGUUGUGGAUGACGGCUCGGCUCAAUCAGAGCAUAGUGACUCGGAGUAUAGCGAUCAGAAAUACCCUGAGACUGAGCUGUCCGCUUCGGACAAUGAUGCUACAACAGGGCCAUAUACACAAGAUAAUAAUAAUAAUCAACCGGCACUUCAAACAUUCCUUGACGUUGAAGACGACGACGACAUGUACUUUGACGACGGAGAAUUUGGGGAUCUCAACAUCGACGACGAGGAUGGUGGAUUUGACGAGUCUGUUUUUGAUGACGUGAACAGUCACCUCUAUGAAAGGAAACCAGUCUAUAAAGAGGUUUCUCUGCCUCUCAAGCCUGCCUUACCUGACAGUGACGACCAGGAGGAGAUGCAGGAAGAUGAAGAUACUGGACAGGGCCUGAAGCAUAUGCCGAGUGUGGCCAGUGAGUUCCGGGCGGGUUCCAUCAAACAUGGUCUACUCGGUGAGAUCAUACCAAACGUGGGUCCUGCCCGAGCUCACGGGGGAGUCCUGACGGAGCAAAAUCUAGAGGUCUUGCAUAAUGCUCUUGCGUUCGCAGCAAACGAAGCAGCAACCCAGGGACGUUUUGAACGUCAAUACAGUACAAGCAAUCGAUCCCUGGGACAAGGGAGCAUUCCCCAGACCUCAGAUACGGCUGAAUCGCAACCGGGACUGAUGUCCGAUGACAGUCGUCUCAGUCAGACCGCAGAUGCCAUGGGAUUUGAAGAUGUUUUCGACGAUCAUAUCUAUAAUGACGACUAUGCGGACUACGACGACCCCAUUGUCGCCGCUGCCAACGCAGAAGCGCUAGAAAAUGACGACGAGGGCUUUUACGGUCAAGAGUUCGGAUUCUAUGCACAAGCAAGCGGCACCGCUAACACCGAGCUUACGAACGGAGGCUACUUUGGUCCACGGGGUGCCGAGGCUAUCACGCGAAGCUUCAGCAGUCGUGGAAAGUUCGAAGAAAGUCUCACCCCGAUUACUGAGCGAAGUGAAUGGAGUACACGAAACUCCAUGAUCUCGUUGAAAGCUCAUGGUGCUUCUCUGUCCAAUCAUUCCCUGGCCGGUGCUGGACUGGCUCAGCUGGUUGACAUGGGAAACUUGGACGAUGAGAUGACCAUGAGUGCUCUGCUGAAGCUGCGACGGGGUGCUUGGGGUGGAAGCAAUGCUGGAAGCCCCCCUUCUUCUCAACGUGGUAGCUUCAUUUCUACAUCUGAAGCUAGCCCUCUCGAGGCAAGAACUGCCGACGAGGGCUUUGACAGCCAUAUCUACUCUGGCUCACCGCUUUAA